AAAUCUUAUUUAGACAGUCUGUGCGGAGUUUGUAUGUAUGGCACACUUUUUGUUAUUUGUCAAGUUUGCGAUUGAAUUUCAAGAAAUUUUAUCAUAAAGUCGACCGAUACACGAUGCAUAAACUCGAAAUCGAUGGAAUUGUGUGAAAAUAACGAGGUUCGAUACGAGUGUAAACUGAUAAGCUGAAAAUAAACUGAAACCAUUAAUAGUUCAUCGCGAAAAUUGGCACCACCGCUGAAAUAACAUAAUUUUUUCCUCUAUUUAUGACCAGUUUGUGGGUGGUAUAAUGAAGAUAAUUAUUUUAAGCGAUUUAAGAACGGCAAUUAGAAAUACAUGACCAAAGUCGAUUUUCGCACCACUCCACUUAAUUGAGUAACUAAGCUGAUUAGGUUUAACCGAGUAAAUGUAAGUCAAAACUAACGUAAAAGUGUCACGUACAACAAAAAGAAAAUUUAAUUUGCAAAGUUUACUUUUUAUUUUUUAGGUUGUUUUAUUUAAGUAGUUUUCCUUCCAUACAAAGUGCUAACUACAUAACUAACAUUUCUUUAAUAUCAUGACUCCUGAUGAUGCCAGCUUUUUUGGCAAUAUAAAUUUGUGAGGAAUAGGUUCAUAACUUUUUAAUGUAAAGUGUUUUUGUUCUUGUUAACAUAAAGUUUGAGUCGGCUAGUGUGAACUCCAACUUAUGUGAAUUAUUUCCUUAGAGACCACUUAAAAGACGAAGUUUACGGUAAUAUAAAAGCAACAAAGCCAAGGAAUAUAGAAGUAAAAUCAGAUAUUGCCAAAAGGUAUAUGAAACGAACACUCUCUUAUCUAGUAAAUUUCCAAAUUGGGCAAUUUUAUUUAAAUGCUUGAUAAGGUAUAUCGAUCUUAACCAUUUUGCAUUGAUGAGAAACUUCUUUUAAUUACCCAAAAACCGUAAACCACUGUUUCAGAACAACCAACCAUUGUCCAGACAAACAUCUUGAUCCGCAGCAUGGGUCCAGUGUCCGAACUCGACAUGGAAUAUUCAAUGGACUGUUAUUUCAGACAAUACUGGCGAGACCAGCGCUUGUCAUUUUUAGGUCCAAUAAAAUCUCUCUCACUAUCAAUAAAAAUGUUAGAACGCAUCUGGAGACCCGAUACUUACUUUUACAACGGCAAGCACUCAUAUGUUCAUACAAUAACCGUUCCCAACAAACUUUUAAGAAUUAGUCAAGACGGCGAUAUUUUAUACUCGAUGAGGUUAACGAUUAAAGCUAAAUGUCCGAUGGAACUUCGGACUUUUCCCAUGGAUAGGCAGUCGUGUCCUUUAAUUUUAGGCAGUUAUGCUUAUACUUCCAAGGAUUUGUUAUAUCGGUGGCAAAAUGAGGCGAGCGUCAAUUUUGUACCGGGGAUGACUCUCUCACAAUUUGAUUUAAUUAGUUUUCCGUACAGGAAUUUUACGCUCAAGAGACGUGAAGGCGAUUUCUCUGUGCUCCAAGUUUCGUUUAACCUUCAACGCCACACUGGCUACUUCUUGAUUCAAGUCUAUGUCCCUUGUAUCCUCAUCGUGGUGUUAUCCUGGGUAUCUUUCUGGAUCCAUCGGGAAGCAACCAGCGACCGCGUAGGUCUUGGAAUUACCACCGUACUAACCCUCUCAACUAUCAGUCUCGACUCUCGAACCGACCUUCCUAAAGUCCGCUACGCUACAGCUUUGGAUUGGUUCCUCCUCAUGAGCUUUUUCUACUGUAUCGCCACGUUACUAGAGUUCGCAGGAGUUCAUUACUUCACGAAAGUCGGAAGUGGAGAAAUUCCAGUUGAUGAAGACGAUUGGGAAGACUGCAUUGAGCCAGAAGAGGAAAUGAUUGGGAUGUCUGGUGCUGAACUAGAGAAUUCUCUCAGUUCUACCAACCGUGCAGGACGAAGGAAAAGCUCGUUGAUUUGUCCUAUUUACAACAAUACGGUACUCCAUUACAAUAGUAACAGAACGUCUUUGACGUCGAAUUCGCAAGUUCCACCUCCGGUGAGAUUGACAAUGGAGAGAACAACACAAACUGAAGUGAGGCUUCCAAAGUGGAAGCAGUUUUUGUACUGUUUGAAAGGAGACGACAAGUUUCGGAAGCAGAGACAGAGGGAAGCAGCUGCAGGUGCAUUGAAUGGUAAUGAACGAGGACAUCACUGCCACGCACCAAGACAUGUCAACAGCGUAUCUCUGAUUGAUCGGGCUGCCAGGAUUCUUUUUCCAGCUUCUUUCGGAUUCUUAAAUUUAAUUUAUUGGUUGAUUUAUUUUACGUAUCAGGAUGAUUUUAAAUGGGCGGAUACUAAACUGAGUUCUCUUAGUCAUUGAAUGAUAUUUAUAGAAUGCAAUAGUAACAAUGAGUAAGAAUUGAACUUGUUGCUCUUUGUAAGAGAACUCACAACAAAUAGAAGGGCUUGUAGUAUCACUAGCACUAAGAUAAUUUUUGAAGUGUGCUUUCAAGUAUAGUGAAGAAAAUUUGUCGUUUUGUAGGAGCUGUUGCGAUUAAAUGUAAAAAAGGAAAAUAUGUAUGAUGGACAUAAUAUUUUAUUGUACAGUCGUAUAUCUAUUUUUUGUUUUGUUUCGUUUUACUUUAUAUAGGCUAUCCUGAAAUAGUAUAUUAAAGAACAAGUUUUAUAAGGGUUGAUUUGGCGCACGAAUCCCAAGUUAGGCGAGUUUUCUAUGGGAUGAGUGCGCCGCCAAUGCCAUUAUAAAA